UGGAAGCUGCAACUUAUCAAGGCCCAACCUGAGUCUAAGUUGAUCCAGUUCCAAAGGGAGUUUGCAUCAGGAUAUGAAGAUUUGCUGGAGGAUGGAAUGUGGAAUGGAUGGUACAAUCUGUGCAAUGUUCUCCAUUGGUACAUUCACAAAAUUGAUGAAUAUGUGAAAAUGUACAACUCCAGCAAGCCACCUCCUGGCAUCAAUAGAGAAAACCCUUUGCCUGUGGGCAUUCCCAUGGAGAUUCUUCAUCAACCCAAGCAAUUCAAUGCUCAAGAUUUCAAGGUGACUAUGUGUGUUUGUCCUCUACACAAGCCAAUGCUCUUAACUAACUCCUUGCCAGCUGUUGGCAAACCCAAGAUUACCCUUGCAUUGUUUUGGAACAUGUAUUUGGCCAUUCUAUGCUGCUUGGAGGUGAGCUCUAGCAGGGACCAAAUCCAUGUGGUGUUAUUGUCUCAUAUGGAACAAGAACUCAAUCUAGCUGAUGACCAUAUUGAUGUGAUGCCAAAUAUCAAAGGUUACAAUAAAUCAUCAGAUGCUCUUCCUGGGUUGCAGGACAAUGGAAGAGCAGAGGAGGGCAGAACAAUUCAGUAA